UCCACAUUCCAAUAGAAGCUUCCAGUGGGAAGGGCAGGGCAGGGCUGGGUGGAUGCACAGGAUGCUCAUGACCUGACCUUUGAUCAGAGAGAGCCAAGCAGGGCCCCCUUCUAGAGAUACUUUUACAGCCGAUGCUCAGCCCGUAAUCACUGGAUGGGACCCAGCUGAGGGGCUGCAGGUAUAAAGGAGCUGAGCCCUUUCCACUGAGAGCUAAGUCAGCCUGUGAGGCCACUGUAGACAGAUAACUGAGUAAAGGCUCCUCUGGGCUACACAGCCUCGCUACCACGGCGACAUCCUCCCUCCAGCCUGGCCAUGCACCUGCCUAGCCACCUCCUUUCAACCGUGGCCCUGUUUAUGGCUGCACAGCCCCUAGGCAAGACCUGGGUCCCCGGCCACUGCAGAAGUCCCGUCGAAGCUGUAUGCAACUUUGUGUGUGACUGCAGAGACUGUUCAGAUGAAGCCCAGUGUGGUUUCCACGGUGCCUCAACCUCCCCGAGUAGCCCUUUCGCCUGCAGCUUCGAGCAGGACUCCUGUGGCUGGCGGGAUAUCAGCACCUCCGGCUACAGCUGGCUUCGAGACCGGGCAGGGGCAGUGCUAGGUGGCUCUGGGCCUCGUUCUGACCACACACACGGCACUGACUUGGGCUGGUACAUGGCUGUGGGAACCCACCAUGGGAAGGAGGCGGCCACCGCGACUCUGCACUCCCCUGUCAUGCGUGAGGCAGCCCCUACCUGUGAACUGAGGCUCUGGUACCACACAGCUUCUCAAGAUGCUGCUGAGCUGCGACUGGAGCUGAUUCAUGGUGUGGAGACACUGACCCUGUGGCAGAGCUCGGGACCCUGGGGUCCUGGUUGGCAGCGGCUGGCAGUGAACACUGGCCGUGUCCAGGGUGACUUCAAAGUGACAUUUUCUGCUACCCGAAAUGCCACACACAGGGGUGCCGUGGCCUUGGACGAUGUGGAGUUCCGGGACUGUGGACUGCCUGUCCCUCGGGCCAGCUGUCCCCUGGGACAGCACCACUGCCAGAACAAGGCCUGUGUGGAGCCCCACCAGCUGUGUGACGGCGAAGACAACUGUGGGGACAGAUCUGACGAAGACCCGCUCAUCUGCAGCCACCACAUGGCCACUGACUUUGAGACGGGCCUGGGACCAUGGAACCAGUUGGAGAACUGGACCCGGAACUGCAGUGCUGGCAGCGUGGUGAGCCCUGCCUGGCCCCACCGAGAUCACAGCCGGAACAGUGCAUAUGGGUUCUUCCUAGUCUCUGAGGCCAAGCCUGGCACCGCUGCCGUCCUCUUUAGCCCUGAGUUCCAAGCCUCAGUCCCCUACAACUGCUCACUCACCUUCUAUUACUACCUGCAUGGGUCUGGGGCCAGCCGCCUCCAGCUGUUCCUGCAGGCACAGGAGCUCAACGCCACCCAGGCUCCUGUCCUCCUGCGGAGCCAUCGUGGAGAGCUGGGGACAGCCUGGGUCAGAGACCGGGUUGACAUUCAGAGUGCCCACCCAUUCCGAAUCCUCCUAGCUGGGGAGACUGGUCCAGGAGGCAUUGUGGGCCUGGAUGACCUCAUCGUGUCCAACUACUGCAGACUCGCUCCCGGUGAUGUGCCCAAGGCCCUCCCCUGGCCUGCCCAGACAUCCAUCAGGCUGCCCCAGAAAGCCUGCGAGCCAGGGCAUCUCUCCUGUGGAGAGCUGUGUGUGCCCCCGGAGCAGCUCUGUGAUUUCCAGCAGCAGUGCGCCGAGGGCGAGGAUGAGUGGAAGUGUGGCACCACAGACUUUGAGUCCGCCUCUGCUGGGGGCUGGGAGGACAUCAGUGUAGGAAAGCUGCAAUGGCAACGGGUUGAAGUCCAGAACAGGAAGCCUGCCAGGGAUGCCAACUGGGAUGUUCCUGGGCACUUCCUGUCUCUGCAGAAGGCCUGGGGGCAGCUAAGAUCUGAGGCCCGGGCUCUCACACCUGCCCUGGGCCCCUCUGGUCCUCACUGUGAACUCCACAUGGCCUGCUCUUUUCUCAGUCACCCCCAAGGUUUCUUGGCACUGGUUGUGGUACAGAAUGGCUUCCGGGAGCUGGUAUGGCAGGCCCCAAGCAGCAGCAGCGGGGGAUGGACGGUGGAGAAGGUUCUUCUUGGGGCACGCCAUCGACCAUUCCAGCUGGAGUUCGUCGGUCUGGUGGACUUGGAUGGCCCUGGCCAGCAGAGGGCUGGGGUGGAUAAUGUGACCCUGAGAGACUGCGACCCCACAGUGACCACUAAGAGUGACCAAGAGGUCUCCUGUAACUUUGAACGGGACUCAUGCAGCUGGCACACAGGCCACCUCACAGAUGCCCACUGGCACCGUGUAAGAAGCCAUGGCUCUGAGUACGACCACACCACUGGCCAAGGUUUCUUCAUGUUCCUGGAUCCCACAGACCCACCUGCUCAUGGACAAGGUGCUCUUUUGCUUACAAGACCCCAGGUGCCGCUUGCCCCCAAGGAAUGUCUCAGCUUCUGGUACCAUCUGUAUGGGCCCCAGAUUGGGACACUGCGCCUGGCCAUGAGGAAAGAUGGGGAGGAAGACACACUACUGUGGUCCAGGUUGGGCACCCAUGGCAACCGCUGGCACCAGGCUUGGGUCACUCUACACCACCAGCUAGAGGCCAGAACCAAGUACCAGCUGCUGUUUGAAGGCCUCCGGGAUGGGUACCAUGGCACAAUGGCCCUGGAUGACAUAGCUGUGCGGCCAGGCCCCUGCUGGGCCCCCAAGAGCUGUUCCUUUGAAGACUCUAACUGCGGCUUCUCUCCAGGGGGCUUAGGGCUGUGGAAGCGCCAGAGUAAUGCCUCAGGCCAUGCUCCUUGGGGUCCUUGGAUAGACCAUACCACAGAAACAGCCCAAGGGCACUACAUGGUGGUGGACACCAGCCCAAAUGUACUGCCCAAGGGUCAUGUGGCCUCUCUGACCUCAGAGGAGCACCAGCCCCUGACCCAGCCUGCCUGCCUGACCUUCUGGUACCAUUUUAGCCUUCGUAACCCAGGCACCCUGAGGGUCCAUGUGGAAGAGGGCACAAGGCGUCAGGAGCUCAGCAUCAGUGCCCAAGGUGGAUUUGCCUGGCGUCUGGGCAGUGUGAAUGUGCAGGCCGAGGAGGCCUGGAGGGUAGUGUUUGAGGCCGUGGCCGCAGGUGUGGAGCAUUCCUACAUGGCUCUGGAUGACCUCCUCCUCCGAGAUGGGCCCUGUGCUCAGCCAGGGUCCUGUGACUUUGAAUCUGGCCUGUGUGGGUGGAGUCACCUGGCUUGGCCCAGUCUAGGUGGGUACAGCUGGGACUGGAGCAGCGGAGCCACCCCAUCGCGCUACCCCAGACCCACAGUGGACCAUACCCUGGGUACAGAGGCAGGCCACUUUUCUUUCUUUGAAACCAGCGUGCUCGGUCCUGGGGGCCAAGCAGCCUGGCUGCGCAGUGAGCCACUGCCAGCAACCACAGCCUCCUGCCUCCGCUUCUGGUACUACAUGGGCUUUCCUGAGCAUUUCUAUAAGGGCGAGUUGAGGGUGCUCCUGAGCAGUGCCCGAGGCCAGCUAGCUGUGUGGAGCCAGGGAGGGCGCUUGCGGCACCAGUGGAUACAAGCCCAGAUCCAAGUGUCCAGCUCUGAGGAGUUCCAGAUUGUUUUUGAAGCCACUCUGGGUGGACAGCCAGCUCUGGGGCCCAUAGCCCUGGAUGAUGUGGAGUACUUGACAGGACAGCAUUGCCAGCAGCCUGCACCUAGCCGGGGUGAAAUGGCAGCAGCUGUGUCUGUGCCAGUUGCUGUUGGAGGGGCCCUCCUCUUCUUCUUGUUCCUGGGGCUCCUGGGCCUUGGGGGUUGGCGUUGGCUACAGAAGCGCUUCCUCUCUCAUAGGAGUACAGAUACAGCAACCUCUGGUUUUGACAAUAUCCUCUUCAAUGCGGUAGGAACCCCCAGAUGUGGGCAAGUGGGAGAUUCUGUCUCCAUGCUCGAUGAUGGGAAAGCAGUGGUGGGCUGGCCUCGAGAAGAGGCACCCUGCCCUACCUGUUCAGGUACAGGCUGCCUUUCAAUGGCAGUUGUCCAAUAUUCCUCCUUCUUCCUAGGAUCAAGUUACCCUCCCAGAAUCUAUCACCAGCAGCUCCCCAACCAGACAAGGCCUGGCCCCUCGUGCUAACUCCCACAGCAUUCAGCCCUCAGAUGCCUAACCUCCUCCAUUUGGGCCUGGAUGUACGGAUUGGGUCAUGCUUCGCUUCUACAGCUCUUUCUCCAUCUGGUGACUUUGCCCUCUGGUGUGAUCAAGGGUAGAGGGAUCUUUGCACUGUGAAUAAACGUUCUUCACCAGUGAGGGCAACCCAAGCUUUCAGACUGCAUUUCAUAUACACUGUACUUGGCAUGAUAUAUCAUGGCUGCCAGGGCUCAAGACCAGAGACAAAAUUCAGGGAGUGGUUGUGGAACCCCCUCAUUGCCUUUGGUGCAGCUCAGAAAUUACAGGAUUCACCACCCUAGCCAGCAAGGAAUGGGCUCUGCUUCUAACUUACCAGGUGAUUUUGUGCCAUGAGGAUGGGAUCACCCCAUAGAUGCAGGAAAAUGGGAGUGUAAAAGCGACUGGACAUGGUGCCAUGAAACUGGCGUGGUGAGAAAUGCCACCUCAGAUAAAGGCCUGGACAGCCCUAGGGCUGCAAGUGGUGGCACUGAGGUCAGUGGGUAUGGCCAUCAUGUCUUACAGCAGGAUUGGACUAAAGACGUGAGAAGAGAUCUGGGACUGCCACCCUGGCCCAGGAUCCUGGUGAUGUGCUGGUGACACACCUGUUCCAGGAACGGUUUCUGAAGUGCUAUCUUCCACAUAAAGCCUCAGCUAUGGCCUCACUGAGGACUGAGGGCCCUGAGGGAAGGGGCAUGGACACCUACACCUCGGCAAUCAGGAGCUCCCUUUCUGUCCAAGGAAACCUGUCCUUGCCAUAGAUACCGUAUGUUCCAAGCUAGGCUUCUGUCUGUCCAAAACCCAGCUCCACGAGAAAGAGGUGGUGGGACAUGGUAUGACAUGGUACCACCCUGUAUCUUCAGGUAUCACAGAGCUGACUGAUGCCCACUUCUCUGAGCAGACAGGGAAAGAACUUUCAAAUUCCUCGGGUCCCUGUGAGGUAUCUACCAUGAAGGAUGCCUGCUUUUAUCCCCUACAACGUGAUCUACAAUGAAGAGAGAACUGGGGACUGCAGAAUGCUAGGCUCUGCUUCUCUCCAGCAGAACACGGGCUCUUAGAAGACAUCACCUCCUCCCAGGCACUACCUCACAGGGAGUUCUUCAACUCCCCAGAACUGAACUCCCCACUGCAGCCAGCUGUCCAAGGGACAGAAGGUGCAAGUCCGCACCCCUGCUGAGGUCAGAAGGCAGGGAGGAAAAAGCCAAGAGGCUAUCACUUU